AGUGUUUGCUAAAACCACGGAAAUAUAAAACAUAAACACAAAGAGAGAAAGCAUGUUUGUUUAUUUAUUUUAUGUCUUAUUCAAUUCAUAAAAUUAUAAAACUGUUCAUUCACCUGUCAAUGUUUACUAUUGUUAAUUUAAAAAUUCAAAAUUCAUUUUGUUUUCUUUGUAAUGCGUAAUUGUUAUAAUCAUCAACAAUUAAAAAGUGUAGGUAUAUAUAAAAAAGACUUUCAUACAGUUGCAUAAGAAAGAAAAAUAUAUAAACACAAUCAGCUGUGUUUAUUUUUAUAUACUGUUGUGUUUACAAAAUGUCAAAAGUUUAAAAAAAAUAAUAGAACAAUGAAAACAUCAUAACUAUUUAUAGAACAAUAAUUUAAACAAAGUGCAUUAGUGUUUAGUAUUUAUCAACAAUAGUGAGGUUUUAAUAGAGUCAAUUUUAUUGACGUCAACAACAAAACACUCAUCUUUAAUUUAUAAUUUUUAUCAUUGUUAUUAUUAUUUAUAUUGUUGUUGUUGUAAUUAGUAAGGUUGUUGUAUUCACAAGGUCAAUAGCAAAUUGAAACAUAAUAUUAACUGAUAUUAACCGAGACCAAGGUCAUAGUAACAUCUAGGAUUGACUUGUUCAUUUGUCAACAAUACUGACGUGUAAAACCACAAACAUAAUUGUAAAAUAUUGAAAAGAAGCUUAAUUGGAUUAUAUUUCAACAAGAUAUAAUGUAACAAACAACUCUCCCACUUUAAAAACAUAAAAAAGAAAACAAAUCAAAUUCUGAUGUCUCAGUUUGCUUAUUAAAGAUUUAUUAGUCGCUUGUGUCUGAGCUUGAGUGAUUGACGGUCUUGUAUUUAUAUAUCUUAAUCACUUUUAUAUGUAAAGUGAUGUGAUAAUUGAUCGUAAUAACAACUGUAGACAUAAAUUGAUACAAGUUUGUUAAAAUGGUGAGCAAAUUACCACAAGAAUUUCGUAGAUAUCAUAGAAAUCGAAAUCAACUUCGUCAUAUAUUUAAAGAAACAAAGCGAACAUUAGAAAUUAUAAGUCAAGAAAAUUUUUUCCCUGAUGAAAAUAUUAUUGAGGAACUACAGCCAUCAGUAACUCUUGAACGAUUAAUUCAUAUUCUUGAGAAUCAACCAGCUAUUGUAAUAUCAGGUCAAGAUUGUAAAUCAAAAACAACAUUAAUAAAUCAUUUGCUUGGUGACGAGAUAUUACCACUUGUUGAGGGACAAUGUAGAUGGAUAAGAUUUAGCUAUGGUAAUUUAAAUAACAUAAGUUUAACGCUUGGCUUGGAAUAUGAAGUUAUUGAACAAACUCAAUCAAAUGAAUUACCCUGGACAACAAUUCCAAUUGAUUAUUUAAUAAAAACAGAUACAGAAGAUCCAAAUUGUCCAACAAUAGUUGAUGUUAAACUUGAUAAGCUAAUAUUAAAAGAUGGUGUUCAAAUAUUUAUUGUUCCUGAUAUGACAGCAAUAAAACAUAUUGCAAAUGGUACACUUGGAAUAUUACCAAUAUUUAUAUAUGCAUUUAAUGAUUAUCCUUUGACUGAUGAAAAUAUAAAUGAAUUACGUGAACUCAAAGAAACAUAUCCAUAUAAUCCAGUAAUAUUUAUUUCAUCAUUAUCAAAUAUAACAUUUGAUAGUAUUGAUGCUGAUUUAACUGAAUCAGAACAGCAUAGAUUACAAAAUCAAAGUGAAUUAUUAUUAGCAAAUAAAACAACAACAGCCACAACAACAACAACAACAACAAAUGUAUCAAAUGAAAAUAUAAAUAUUGGAAGAUUAAAUAAUUUAGGAUUAAAAUGGCUUGAUGAACUUGGUAAUUUAGGUUUUUUUAAAACAUAUGAAUCAGAUGAAUUUAAUUCAUCAAGUGAUUUAGUUGAAUCAUUAAAAAAUAUUGAUCGUAUACAUUAUUUUAUAAGAACACGUUUACAAUUAUAUUUAAUUGAUGCUAGUAAUUAUUUAAAUGAAAUACAUACAACAUCAUUACGUAAAUUUAUAUUAAGUGCAUUUGAUAUGGCAAGAGAAAUUCAAAUAACACCAAGAAGAAUUCAAUAUGCACAAAAAAAAGAAAAUGAAUUAUAUAAAAGUUUAAUGAAAGUUGUUAGUAAAAAUCAAGAAGAAUUAACUGAUUUAAUACAAAAUACAAUUCAAACAAUGAAAAAUGAAUUUUCAUUAAUUACAAAUGAUUCUUGUAAAUCAGAAAAUGAAAAUUCAAAUAUUGAUGAUGAAGAAAAUAAACAAUGGUGUGCAACAGUUAGAUCAGCAACAACUGAAGUACAAAGAAUUGUAUUAAGUCAUUUAAGUGAAAAAGUUGCUAAACAAUUAGUAACAUCAGUAAAUUGUUUACGUGAAACAUUUGUUGGUACAUUACAAAGAUGUUUAUAUGAAUUAGAAAAAACAUAUGAUAAUGAUAAUAAUUUAUUAGCAAGUGAUGCAUUAAAACAAAUAUUAUCAGCUGCAUAUAAUGUUGAACUUCAUAAUUCAUCACCAUCACUUGUACAUUCAUUUUUAGAACGUUUACGUCAAUUAUUUAAAUCAAUGCCAUUACCAUGGACACCAACACCAAUUUUAGAUGAUUCAUGGAAAAAAAAAAUAACAAUUGAUAUAUUAAAUUCAUUAUCAGCAGCAAGACUUGCUAAAACAAUAUCAGCACAAUUUAGAGAUAAAAUUAAAUCAUCACAUGAUUCAUUUCAUUCAGCAUUGAGAUCAUUAGAAAAUCAUUAUUCUGGUAAAUUAGAAAGAACAGAAGAACAAAGAAUAACAAUACGUAAAAUAUAUGCACCAAAAUUAGCUAAAUUAGCAUUAGAAUCAACAUCAAUGAGUGAUAUGAUACGUUAUGGUAUACCACAUCAAGGUAAAGAAAUUGGAAGAGGACAAUAUGGUGUUGUAUUUUCAUGUGAUGGAUGGGGUGGUGCACCAGGACCAUGUGCUGUUAAAUCAGUUGUACCACCAGAUGAAAAACAUUGGAAUGAUCUUGCUAUGGAAUUUUAUUAUACACGUACAAUACCAAAUCAUAAAAGAAUUGUUAAACUUCGUGGUUCAGUUAUUGAUCAUUCAUAUGGUGGUGGUUGUGGUCUUGGUGCUGCUGUAUUAUUAAUAACAGAUAGAAUGACACGUGAUUUAUAUUGUGGUAUACGUACUGGUAUAACAUGGAUUGAAAGAAUACAAAUAUCAAUUGAUGUACUUGAAGGAAUACGUUAUUUACAUUCACAAGGACUUGUACAUCGUGAUAUUAAAUUAAAAAAUGUUUUAUUAGAUAUUGAAAAUCGUGCUAAAUUAACUGAUCUUGGAUUUUGUAUAACUGAAGCAAUGAUGUCUGGUUCUGUUGUUGGUACACCAGUACAUAUGGCACCAGAAUUAUUAACUGGACAUUAUGAUAGUAGUGUUGAUGUUUAUGCAUUUGGUAUAUUAUUUUGGUAUUUAUGUGCUGGACAUGUACGUAUGCCAUAUGCAUUCGAGCAAUUUCAUAAUAAAGAACAGCUAUGGACAAGUGUUAGAAGAGGUUUGAGACCAGAACGUCUUCCACAUUUUGAAGAUGAAUGUUGGCAAUUAAUGGAACAAUGUUGGGCUGGUGAACCAUCAAAAAGACCGCUAUUGGGUGCAAUUUUACCUGUACUUGAAUCAAUACUUGAAAAAACAGAAACUAAUUUAACGGGAAAUGAUAGUGAAGGCUCAAAACAAUCAAAUUCAUCUGAGACUAUUCGUAAUCCAGCUCUUGCACUUGCUGAACCAAAUAAUCAAAGAGGCACAACGGCAAGUCUACAUCCGAGGCGAAGGCCUCUACGAACUAUCAAGCAUCCUGUCCUUCAUAUGACUAAUCUUUUUAAUACCAGCUUGUGUUCGAAUUUAUACAUGCAAAUGCGUGAAUUUUAAUUUAUUUUUUAUUAUCUUUUUUCUUGAUACUAUCAAUAACCAAAUCUCUUCUUUUUUUUUUUUUAUACUAAAAGUAUAAAAAUAUAAACGUAGUUAGUAUCUAUGCUUCUCUAGUUAUCAACAAUGAAAAAAAAAAAAAUUGCUUGCUUUAUAUAUAUAUUUUUUUUUCGAUUUUGUAGAACAAAAUUGCCUUGAAGCAUUUUUUUUUUUUUUCUUCUGUUAAUACUCACUUGUUGAUUAACAAGUAAUCAAGCUUUUAUUAUUAUUAUUAUUUCGUUUUUUGCCUUUUGUAGAAUUUAGUAUCACUGUUAGCAUUGUUGUUAUGUAUAAAAUUUACAAGCGACCUUAUUAAGUUUACUGCUUUUUGUGUAAGAUAAUAUUUAAUCACUCUUCGUGUUUUUGUUUUUUCUACUUUAUUUAAAAUUGUCUCUUUACUUGCAUAAAUAACAAAUAUUUCUAUUUAUGUUUAUCUCGUGAUAAAUAUGUUUUUAGCGUAAAUUAAUGUCAACGAUUUAACCAAUAGUCCAUUGCUCCCAUUCGGUACUACAAAUAAUUGUGUUUUUUUUUUCUUUAUUUUUUCGUGAUUAAUUGCUAUAUUAUAUCAGAGUUAAUACUCAAUUAAUUUUUUUUUUUUAUUUUAUAUAUUUUUUUCUAC